UAAACCAGGGACCUAGUGAAGAGUUGAGGUGGAGAAAUUCAGAUGCCUUUCCCCCUAAUCCAGCUGCACUCAGGGCUGUGGAGAUCUGACCUGUGGGGCAUGAGGAGGAAUGGAUAUGAGAGAGAGAAAUGUUUAGUGCAGGGUGAGGGAGGGAGAGGGAGAGCUGGGCCUUAUUCUCAGAGGUCUCCAGGCUGGGAACAGAAAAGGGGGCCUGCCCUCGGGCCCUGUCUCCUGGCGGAGUGGACAUGCACUCAUCAGGAACAGUCAGAGGCCAGUCAGAGCGGGGAGGGGGGCUCGCGGGCCUGGGGAGCAGGGCUGUCCAGGUGUCAGGUGCCCCUCCUUAUUCAUUUCCUCAGAAUAGUCUGGAACACUGGCACCCUCACCGUGGCUGAGUCACUGAGCCCAGUCCUCACAGGGGACUUGGAUGAAUGAAGCUCUCCCUUCACGUCUCUUCGCUCCCCAGCAGAAAGGACAUGUAAUCGAUUCCCCAGGAUGGAAGAGUGACUUCCACAAACCCUAAAAAUAACUGAACCACUUCAUACUCUGAACUUAGCCUCUCGCGCCCGCCUCCACCCUGGCCCACCCCCUAGCCAGCAAGAUAAAGGCAGCUGCUGGGGCUGGCAGGGGACAGAGACCCAGAGCCAGGGUAGCAAAAAGGCAUCUAACAGAGCCAGCAAAGCAGACCCCGAACAAGAAGCUCGAGAGGAAGCACAGACCCUUGGGCCGCACCUGCCACAGACCCCGAGCACCCCCUCAGCCAAGCGGAUCCCUCAGAAGGAUGGCCGACACCCAGAUGCAGGUGGCCUUCACACCAACCACACGGAUGGCAACUGCGGAGGACCUGCCCCGCCCUCCACCGCCAGCUCCAGAGGACCUGCCCCUGCCGCCACCCAAGGGGUCCUUCUCUAAGUUCCACCAGCAGCGGCAGGCUAAUGAGCUCCGCCGCCUCUACAGGCACAUCCACCCCGAGCUCCGCAAGAACCUGGAAGAGGCUGUGGCCGAAGACCUGGCUGAGGUCCUGGACUCGGAGGAGCCCACUGAGGGCGACGUCCAGUGCAUGCGCUGGAUCUUUGAGAACUGGCGGCUGGAUGCCAUUGGGGACCAUGAGAAGCCAGCUGUCAAGGAGCCCAUUCCCAGCGGGGAUGUCCAGGGCACUUCUCGCAAGUUUGAGGAAGGCUCCUUUGCCAACAGCACAGAGCAGGAGCCCGCCGGACCUCCGCCAUCCAGGGGAGAUGUUCGUGCAGCCCGCUGGCUAUUUGAGACGAAGCCACUGGAUGAGCUGACAGGCCAGGCUGAGGCACCGGAGGCUACCGUGAGGGAGCCUGCAGCCAGUGGAGAUGUUCAGGGUACCAGGAUGCUCUUUGAGACGCGGCCGCUGGACCGCCUGGGCUCCCGCCCCUCCAUCCAGGAGCAGAGCCCUUUGGAGUUGCGCUCAGAGAUCCAGGAGCUGAAGGGUGAUGUGAAGAAGACAGUGAAGUUGUUCCAAACAGAGCCACUGUGUGCCAUCCAGGAUGCAGAAGGCGCCAUCCACGAGGUCAAGGCCGCAUGCCGGGAGGAGAUCCAAAGCAACGCGGUGAGGUCAGCCCGUUGGCUCUUUGAGACCCAACCUCUGGAUGCCAUCAACCGGGAUCCCAGCCAGGUGCGGGUGAUCCGGGGGAUCUCCCUGGAGGAGGCAGCCCGGCCUGACGUCAGUGCAACUCGCUGGAUCUUUGAGACACAGCCUUUGGAUGCCAUCAGGGAGAUCCUGGUGGACGAGAAGGACUUCCAGCCAUCCCCAGACCUUAUCCCUCCUGGUCCAGAUGUUCAGCAUCAGCGGCAUCUGUUUGAGACCCAAGCACUAGACACUCUGAAAGGAGAAGAGGCUGAGGCAGAGGCCCCGCCCAAAGAGGAAGUGGUCCCUGGCGAUGUCCGUUCCACCCUGUGGCUAUUUGAGAUGAAGCCCCUGGAUGCUCCCAGAGACAAGGUCCAAGUGGGUCACCUGCAGCGGGUGGGUCCCCAGGAGGGUGAGGGGCUCAUGUAUGAGCAUCUAUCCAGUGACAGCUCCUCAGCACUGUCCCUCUCUCAGACUGCCCCCCAGAGAGAUGAGGUGAAAGGGGACGUAAAGACCUUCAAGAACCUUUUUGAGACCAUUCCCCUGGACAGCAUUGGGCAGGGUGAAACUUCAGCCCCCAGGAGUGUAAGCAGAGCCAAUGGAACUGAUUCCGCUGGGCAGUCCCGAGACACAGGGUCCCCAGUGUAUGCUAUGCAGGAUGCCAAAGGCCACCUCCAUGCCCUGACCUCUGUCAGCAGAGAGCAGGUAGUCGGAGGUGAUGUGCAGGGCUACAGGUGGAUGUUUGAGACACAGCCUCUAGACCAACUGGGCCGAAGCCCCAGUACCGUCGAUGUGGUGCGGGGCAUCACCCGGCAGGAAGUGGUGGCCGGAGACGUGGGCACUGCCCGGUGGCUCUUUGAGACCCAGCCCCUAGAAGUAAUUCACCAGCGGGAGCGGCAGGAACGACAAGAAGAAGAAGGGAGUCAGUCAGGUCCCCAGCCUGAGACACCCCUCAAGGGUGAUGUGCAGACCAUCCGGUGGUUGUUCGAGACAUGCCCAAUGAGUGAGCUGGCAGAGAGGCAGGGGUCAGAGGUCACAGAUCCCACAACUAAGGCCAAGGAACAGUCUUGCACCUGGAUGUUCGUGUCCCAACCCCUGGACAGGCCAGAAGGCUCCAGGGAGCAGCACCUGCAAGUUAGCCAGGUCCAAGCUGGAGAAAGGCAGACCAACAGACAUGUCUUUGAGACGGAGCCCCUGCCGGCCUCGGGCCGCCCCUGCGGGAGAGGGCCUGUGCGAUAUUGCAGUCGAGUGGAGAUCCCUUCUGGGCAAGUGUCUCGUCAAAAGGAGGUUUUCCAGGCCCUGGAGGCAGGCAAGAAGGAAGACCAGGGGUCGAGGGCAAUCCCUGAGCCCAUCCCUGCAGGCUCUGUGCACAAGUUCACCUGGCUCUUUGAGAAUUGCCCCAUGGGCUCCUUGGCAGCUGAGAGCAUCCGAGGGGGUGACCUACAAGAAGAGCAGCCCGUGGGCCCAUCAGGCAGCCAGGUGCCAGAGAAGCAGGAAACUGCAGCCCAGGGGACCCUGCGGACUCUACACGCCACGCCUGGCAUCCUGCACCGAGGAGGCAUCCUCAUGGAGGCCCGAGGGCCGGGGGAGCUCUGUCUUGCCAAGUACGUGCUCCCAGGCCCAGGGCAGGGGGGCCCUUGCGUACGGAAGGAAGAGCUGGUAUCUGGUGAGCUUCCUAGGAUAGUCCGCCAAGUGUUGCGCCGGCCAGACGUGGACCAGCAGGGGUUGCUGGUUCAGGAGAACCUAGCAGGCCAGCUCCAGCUCAAGCCACUGAGGCUUCCAGCUCCAGGCAGCAGCAGCAAUGUUGAAGACUUGGACCCUGAGUUCCAGCAGUUGCUGGCUUGCGGCUUGGGCACCUCGGUGGCGAGGACUGGGCUGGUGAUGCAGGAGACAGAGCAGGGCCUGGUCUCACUGACCGCCUACUCUCUGCAGCCCUGGCUAACCAGCAGGGCCCCUGAGAGGAGCAGUGUGCAGCUGCUGGCCAGCUGCAUAGACAAAGGAGACCUGAGUGGCCUGCACAAUCUGCGGUGGGAGCCGCCGGCUGACCCGAGUCCAGUGCCAGCCAGCGAGGGGGCCCAGAGGCUUCCCCCAACUGAGAACAUCAUUCAUGUUCCCCCGCUGGACCCCAGCAUGGGGAUAGGGCAUCUGAGAGGCCCCAGGGUCACCCCCUGUCCCCCACAGGCUAUUGGAAUGACAGUCCCUCUGACUGGCGAAGAAAAGCAAGAAGACAGUUGCACUGAGCAGAAAGGGAUGGCAGCUUUGGCAAAGUCGGAAGGAGCCAUGACUAUGCCCCCAGGGCCUGGGGCCCCAGACCUCCAGGCAGCCAUGCAGGGUCUGCGGAUGGCAACAGCUGAGGCCCAAAGCCUGCACCAGCAAGUUCUGAGUAAACACAAGCAAGGCCCCACCCAUAGAACGGUCUCCACACCCUUCCAGGAUGGUUUUCCGCAAGCACCUGCCACAGCCACUGGGUCUGCGCAGAGCAACACCAGACCUAUGGCUGGAGGGGACCCCAGGAUCCCAGCAGCCCCCAGAAAGGUCAGUGGGGAACAGAAAGCACUGCCCAGAGGGCUGCCUGGAGGGUGGGUGACUAUUCAGGAUGGCAUCUACACUGCUCACCCCAUGAGGACCUCUGACCUACAUGGGGGCGUCCAGCUCUCUGAGAGGGAACCCCUACCAAGGGACAGAGAGACUGCCCUCUCAGCCCAGGCUCCCAGCCCACGCCAAGAAGGCCCAGGUCAGAGUCUAGGGCCCGGUCGGGAGGAGCCUGGGGGCUGCACGCAGAAGGCCUGGGGGCCUCCAGAGAAAGCUAUGGCAGGAGUCGGCCCAGGCGGCCUUCAAGCUGCAGAGACCACCCUGAAGGCUGCCUCUUUAGCCCAUCACACUCUGGCCUCUGGGCCUUGGGCAGCAGGUGCCAGCCUGCACUCCCAUAAUGCUUCUGUUCCUCCUCCUCCUCCUCUCCCAGCUGCUGUGACAGGACCUGACUUCUCAGCCCAAGCCCGCCAUGAUGAGGACUCCAUUUGGCAAGCCUCCGAGGCCCUGAAGGGCCCCCUUCUCCACUCCCACCCCAGCCCUGCUGGCCAGAGAACCCCUUGGGAAUCACAGACAAAGACCCCAAAUUUGGAGCCCACCAUGUCCCCAAGGAAGAAGCCCCAGCUGCCCCCCAAACCUGCUUAUCUAAGCCAGCUCCCACCUCCUCAGAGGCUGCCCAAGCCCUCAGCUCGAUCUCUCAGCUCCUCCCAAGGAGAAUACAAGCAAAGUGAGACAGAUGCAGCCAUCCCUCAGCCGGCCAAGGUCCCCACCACUGCAGGCCAGGGACGUGAAUCUCUGGCUGGGUGUCCCAAUGGUCAGAACCAGCCCAGCCCCCAACAUGGCCCCAGCAUCAUGGCCUCCAGGCCCACCAAGAGUCAGGCUGUGGGUUGCAGUUCCCAGAGCCCUGAGCCCCCCAAGUUCUCAGCUCUCAGCAGUGACCCCACCUCACUGCAGCAGAACCCCAGCCCCCUAGAAGAGAAGCUCACAGAAAGUUCCCAGCAAGAGGCCUCUCAGAGCCCCAAGAUUCUGCAGGGAAGCCAGCAAGAGCUCCAGAGCCUCCUGAACGAAGUACAAGCCUUGGAGAAGGAGGCAGCAAGCAGUGUGGAUGUGAGGGCACUGCGGAGGCUCUUUGAGGCUGUGCCCCAGCUGGGAGGGGCCCCUCAGGCUCCUGCUACCCCCCGCAAACCUGAAGCCUCAGUGGAGCAGGCCUUUGGGGAGCUGAGGAAGGUCAGCACGGAGGUCGCCCGGCUGAAGGAACAGACGCUGGCCAGGCUGCUGGACAUUGAGGAGGCUGUGCACAAGGCCCUCAGCUCCAUGUCUAAUCUCCAGCCUGAGGCUAAUACCAGAGGCCAUUCCAGAGGACCUCCAAAGGACCACAGCUCCUUCAAAGUCAGUGUCAUAAACAGCAGUAAAGCCAGACCCAACUGCACAGGCCAGGAGGUCAGGGGUCAAACUGCAGUCAAGAGUCAGACCGAGGCUACAUGUCAUCCUGAGGUCCAGAAUCAAGCUAAGGUCAGAAAUCACACAGGGGCCACGGGUCAAGCAGUCUCAACCACCCCUUCCACCAGGAGGCUGGAGACUUUGAGAGAAGAUUUAGGCCUCCCUCGAGUCUUGCCUUCCACCAGAGAUUCACCCUCCUCCCCAACCUGCAUUUCUAUCCAGUCACCCACAAGGAAGCUCCCAAAGGCUCCCAGCCCCGGGGGCAGCCCAGAAGUCACAGAAAACACACACCUGGCCCAGGAUGUGAGCCAGGCCCUGCUCCACCAGAAAGGUGUCCUGGAUAAGGCCGGGGAGCAGGAGGUCGCCCACUGCUCCGGACAGCCCAAGCCGGCUCCUGCCCCAGCCGGUCCUCUGCCCAGCAUGCAGCAGAAGUGCAUUCUGGAGCUGCAGACUAGGCCAGGCAGCUCCCAGCACUACGGAGCCACGAGGACUGAGCAGUAUGAGGGGGCGGACGAGAGCAGGAACACAGUCCUCGCAUCCUCCGCCACGGUCAUGGGGCAGGCAGGGUCGCCCAGGGGCCCAGAUCCCCACCUUGGGCUCGAGGCCUCCCCCUUGUUGCGGCAGUUCCUGCACAGCCCAGCUGGGCUCAGGGGGGACCUGGAGGAAGCCCAGAGGGUCCCCGUGCCCUGUGGCCACUCCCAGCCUGCAGCCCACUGAGCCCCUCCACCUCCCACCACAGCCUCCCAUCUGUCCCUGGGACAUCUCCCUCCAGGGGACUGAGGUGGGGCCUUCCUUCCGCAUACAUGAGGCCAGGACCAAGAAGAAGGGGCAUCUUCGGAAUUCUGCGGGUGGUUUCCCUUUGGUCGGCUCCAUCAAUUGGCCCAGUUCUUACAAAAGAGGGAGGAAAGAUUAGGAAGAGGACCACCAAGUUACCUGGGCAGUGGAGUAGGAUGGAGGCUUGCAGCUGCUUGUGUGGGGAGGCAUGGAUACGUGCAGACACACGUGCUCCUCACACAGAACUGAAUGCCACGUGAGUCUGCAUGCCACUGCUAGAGAUGGAGCCCCCGAGAGACCUGCCACUCUCAGCCUUCAUUUCUUUCAUUAUGCAUCAAAAUGUUCUCAGCCAUUCGCUUCUUAAUUCCUGGAGAGGACAGGGCCAACUAGACUCUCUGUAUUAGUCUCUGUUUGGGAUUUGACUGAAGGUUCCGGAGGGCCCUGCUCAGCUCCUUGAUCACCAUCUCCAUCUAUCAGAAGAUCAUCCUAGCAGCCCAAAGGUCACACAGACAAGGAUGGCAAUCAAUAAUGUCUCUAAAAGCCAAAGGGACUGCCUACCCGCCCCCUCUGCACCCAAAUGCGGGGGGAAAAGUCUGAAUAAACCCAAGUUUUA